GGAUUAUCAUGUGGAAAGUGAGAGAAGUUUUGGGGUUGAGGAAUUCUACCGAAUUAAUCACAUCAACCAGACUUAUGAUUUUGUAAAGCAGAUGAGAGAAGAGUAUGGCAAGCUGAACGGGAUGGAGAUGAGCAUAUGGGAAUGCUGUGAACUUCUCAACAAUGUCGUUGACGAGAGUGAUCCGGACUUGGAUGAGCCUCAGAUCGAGCACCUACUGCAGACUGCUGAAGCCAUCAGAAAGGACUAUCCUAAUGAGGACUGGCUACAUUUGACUGGCCUUAUUCAUGAUCUUGGAAAGGUUCUCAAUCUUCCUGCUUUUGGGGGGCUUCCUCAAUGGGCUGUUGUUGGCGACACAUUUCCAGUUGGAUGCGCAUUUGACGAGUCAAUUGUUCAUCAUAAGUAUUUCAAGAGAAACCCCGAUAAUUCGAAUCCUUCUUUCAACACUAAAUAUGGAGUUUAUUCUGAAGGCUGUGGACUGGACAAUGUGAUGAUGUCAUGGGGGCAUGACGAUUACAUGUAUUUGGUUGCCACGGAAAACAAAACCACUCUUCCUUCGGCUGGUCUUUUCAUUAUCAGAUACCACUCAUUUUAUGCUUUGCACAAGGCAGGAGCCUACAAACACUUGAUGAAUGAAGAGGAUAUGGAUAAUCUGAAGUGGCUGAAAAUAUUCAACAAAUAUGACCUUUACAGUAAGAGCAAAGUUAGGGUUGAUGUUGAGAAAGUUAAGCCAUAUUAUCUCUCCCUCAUUGAGAAGUAUUUCCCUGCAAAGCUGAGAUGGUAAAGUCUGGAGCUCUGAAGUAGUAUAGUCUGAAAAAAGAAUGGUGAUGACUAACGAGGAAUAAAGGCUGGAAUGGGACGGCGUCGUGUUUGUAUGAGUCUCAUGUGCGUGUGUUUUAUUUAUGAUCAUGUACUUAAUAAGCAAACAAAUAAAGACAUUGUAACGUAUGAAGUAUGUUUGCACCACAAUUAUUGUCGCCUAUUAUUACAAUUCCUUUUUUUUCCCGAAAAAAAAAAUCCUCCAGGUAGGUAAUUUGAAUUUUAUGCCUCAAUGUGGUGGGGGAAUUUGAUUUGUCACUAGAGCAUGUGAUGCAGAAUUAAGCCGUUUGGUUCACGAGUUUGAAUUGAAUUUUUAUGGGAUACCAUUGUAAUAAAUAGGUCUAAACUGUAGUUCAAAUUACGAAAAAAUGUAGCAUUAAUUUUUAUUUAAUUAGAAAUUUAAGCUAUUCUAUAAACGGGGUUGGUUAAUUUCCCGUUAUCA